AUGGCUACUGCACACUACGGUCAACCCCAUGGUGACCCCCAUGAUGACGACUCCCUCCUUGGUGAUGAUUUGAUUGAAGCCGACGAUGCCAUCGAGGCUGACGACCCUCUGCGCGACACCUCCGACACGGCCCCUCUACGAGGCAACAUCGAAACCAACUCUGGCAAUCGGACCAAUGCCUCUAACUACGGCAACUAUCUGACUUCGACUAUUGGCGGUGAAGAUCGCCGUGCGACGCAAAACACCAUCGAUGAAAGUGUUUGGGAAACAUUGUCGCGCGAUCUGAUUGCCGUGUGGGAGAAGAUGCGCCAGGUGCUUUGGCCUAAAUACUUGCUCGGGGGAAUGCUGCAGCGCGGCGGCCGUGGUACUGCUGAUGCUGAACAAGGUGGAAUCUCAGGAUUUGGUGGUAAUCUUCGGGGACUCGUUGGACGCUGGCCGGAUGCCGACGUAGUCCUGCAGGGUGGCAUGAGUGAAGGUUUGCGCGACUGGGAUCUCUGGGGUCCGCUUGUCUUCUGUCUGGUUUUGAGCUUGUUCCUGUCUGUCGCAAAGGGCGACCAAUCAUCGGUGGUUUUCUCGGGUGUCUUCUGUAUUGUCUGGCUCGGAGAAGCAGCUGUGACCCUACAGAUCAAGCUACUUGGUGGGAAGAUCUCCUUCUUCCAAUCGAUUUGCAUCAUCGGCUAUACGCUAUUCCCCUUGGUUAUUGCUGCAAUGCUGAGUGCACUGGGACUUCCUACGAUUGCUCGGAUACCGGUAUAUCUUGUGUUAGUGGCAUGGUCUUUAGCAGCAGGAGUCAGCAUCUUAGGAGGCUCUGGAGUGGUGCGGAACCGAGUCGGCAUCGCAGUGUAUCCACUGUUUGUAUUCUACGUUGCCAUCGGAUGCCUGUGUUUCAUCAGUUAA